AUGGGUAUUUUAAUAUCACAUUUAUGGAAUAGUAUUUUAGGAUCUAAAGAAAGAAAGAUAGUAAUAGUUGGGUUAGAUAACGCAGGAAAAUCCACAAUAUUGUACCAAUUGCUUUUAGGUCAAGCUAUUCAAAUUCAGCCUACAAUUGGAAGUAAUGUAGAAGAAAUAAAGUAUAAGAAUAUUAAAUUUAUUAUAUGGGAUUUAGGAGGUCAAACAUCCUUACGUCAGUCUUGGAGUACAUAUUAUAAAUCUACAAGUGCAGUUAUAUUAGUUAUUGAUUCAACAGAUAAAGAAAGAAUAGAAAUUUCUAAAGACGAGUUAUCAAAGAUAAUGAAUGAUGAUAGUUUAAAAGAUUCUUUAUUAUUAGUUUUUGCAAAUAAACAAGAUAUUGAGAAUUCUAUGACGCCUAGUGAAAUUUCUAAUUUAUUAGGCCUUAUUAAUUUUAAGGAUAGAGCAUGGCAUAUUCAGGGAUGUUGUGGAUUAACAGGUGAUGGAUUAUAUAAAGGACUCGAUUGGAUUGUAUCAUCAUUGAAUAAAUAA